GACUGCCCAUCGGUCGUGCAGUACUCUGAAGAAAUUUUAGAAGAGGUCACGGCCUUGGAGCAGCACCGGGGAUUGGACCCAGCCCAUGGAGAAGCUGCCUGAGCAGAUGUCCUCGGAGUCCCUGUGCCCAUCCUCUGUGCAGGAGCCCCGACGGAGCAAGGGUGUUUGCAAUUUGUGUGACAUGGAAGAGAAACAGUUAAACACAUGUGCAAGAAAAUAUGAGAAAACUGACACCCAGGAAGCAGAAGUAACUUACCCAGGGUCAUCCUGCUGGUAAUGGCAGAGCUGGAAUUCGAAUUCAGAUCCGCUUGGUUCCCAAUCGCUCCCACCCCCAUCCCAUUCCGUGCACGGAUUCCAAGAGCCUGCAAGUUCCUGUCUUCUUUUCAUCCCUGAAUUGCUCCCACCGGCCUAAGCUGAGCAUGGGGCGUCCGGUGGUGCUGACUUUAGACGACAAGGACAUGAAGGGGUUCACAUGGGCCAUAGCCCCGGCCUUGACCUCCUUGGGCUACCUGCUCAUACUGCUGGUCUCCAUCUUUCCUUUCUGGGUACGGCUUGUAAACGAGGAGUCCCAUGAAGUGUUUUUCAGUGGCCUGUUUGAGAACUGCUUCCAUAUCAAAUGCUGGAAGCCUCGACCCUUAUCAGUGUACAUCAUUCUCGGCCGUGUCUUCCUGCUGUCUGCAGUUGUCCUGUCUUUCCUUACUACCUUCAUCCUGGUGUCCUUUGCAUCUCAGCUGUUUCCAAGGACCCGGAAGCACAAUUUGGUGUCGGCCUUCAUCAGCUUCCUCACAGGGGUCUGUGCCUUCCUGGCCUUGUUGCUGCAUGCCCUGGAGAUCCAGAAUCUGAGGAUGAAGCCCAACCCCCAGUUCUCCGUACAGUGGCCUUACUACGUCCUUGGCUUUGCCAUUCUUCUGUUUAUAGUGGCUGGUGCCAUCUGCCUCUUUCAAGAAACAGCCUGCCUUGGCUGCCAUUUGUUGCCCAACUCCCAGAGUAUGGAGGAGACCCAAGGGGUCCCACACCUGGAGAAUCUGGAGAGUUUGGGAGGAGAACUGAGCUCAAUACAAAAGGAGACACUGCUGAAGGAAGAAACAAUUAUCUAGUCCAGGAGAGCAUCCUCCACCUGUCAUCUGCUGUGUGAAUGGAUUUGUGGAGGCCCGAGUGGCAGCCAAUCUCUGUGGCUUCUGUUGAACUUCCUGAGUGUCACUUCCCCACACUCACAGUGAUUCUGUCUGGCUUGUAUUUGCAAUUUGGUAAAAGUUUUUUGAAUUA